AUGGCAAGCGAGAGUUACCAGCAGACCGGAAGCUUCGCAGCACUAUUGUCGCAAGCUAUCACACACCCAAUAUUAGCAUGCUUCCUCCUCACCUCACUCCUCACAUUCACCUACGCCUUCUACAACGCCCACCUCCACCCUCUACGGAAAUACCCCGGUCCGCUCCUCUGGCGCAGCUUCCGCAUCCCCUACGUCAUCGCCACCCAACGCGGCAUCAUCCACCAACGCUUCACGUCCUUUCACGCAAAAUAUGGACCCAUAGUGCGCGUAGCCCCCAACGAGCUCUCAUAUGCCGACAGCCGCGCACUAAAAGACAUUUACGCCAAUCGGCCUGGCCACCUGCUGUUUGAGCGUAACCCCACGUCCUUCAAGAAGAUGGAGGCCGAUGAGCCCAACUCGAUACUGUAUUGGCACGAGAGCGACCACGCUCGGUAUAGACGUGCUUUUGCCAAUUCCUUUUCUGAAAAGGCGCUGCGGGAGCAGGCACCCGUGAUUGAAGGCUAUGUCGACUUGUUUAUAGAGCAGCUUAAGAAACGCAAGAAGGUGGAUCUGACUCAAUGGCUCAACUACCUCUUAUUUGACCUGUCGGGCGACCUCACGUACGGCGAGUCAUGGCGGUGUCUGGAGAAGGGUGAAGCACAUCCAUGGGUGGAAAUCUCGUCGGACUUUGGAAAAGGCCUGGCGCUCAUCGCCUCGGUAAAUGCUUAUCCCCCAGUACACAAGUUACUCCGGUUUAUCAUCCCCAAACGCAUUGUACAGCGUAGUAUGGAUCACCGCCAGAUGAGUCACGAACAAGCCCAGAGACGCAUCGCCCGCGACGACGACCGCCCGGAUUGGGUUACGCCGGCGAAGAAGUACAGCGAGCUGAAGGACCAUUUUACGGAUAAGGAGUGGUGGCUUAAUCUACUGGUGCUUGCGUUUGCAGGUAGUGAGACUACGGCUAGUGCGUUGACUGCUAUACUGCGAUUGCUCGUUCAGCACAAGGGUGUUUUGCAUCGUUUGGCGGCUGAGAUACGGGAUACAUUUGAACAGGAAACAGAUAUUACUAUUUCGUCUACGGGUAAUUUGCCGUAUUUGAAUGCUGUUAUAGAUGAGGGGUUGCGGCUUGGUCCACCGGUUGUGAUUGGGGUUCCGCGGGUGGUGCCAAAGGGUGGGGAUACAAUAUGUGAUCGAUGGGUUCCUGAAGGGACCUACGUAACAUUCAACCAAUUCUCCGCCUACCGCCAAUCCUACAAUUUCCCUAACCCAAACUCGUUUAUCCCAGAGCGCUUCCUCUCCUCUCCCCCCUCCAAACCCUCCACCGACCCCUCCCAGCCAUCAGUCCCUCCCGCUGACCUCGCCAUCUUCUACCCCUUCCAACUCGGCCGCCACUCCUGCAUCGGCCAAAAACUCGCUUAUCAAGAGAUGCGCCUCGUCCUCGCCCGUCUACUGUGGAGUUUUGAUAUCCGAUUGGAAGAUGAGAGUGAUUGCUGGGACUGGGGGGAGCAGGAGACGUAUUUUUUUUGGGAUAAGAAGGCGUUGAGCGUUGUUCUUGAUGAGGCUAGGACUGGGGGGGAUAAGUAG